AUGUCCUCGGAGGAGAAAAGCACGGGGAGGAAGAAAAAGAGAAGAGACGACAACGAGGACAAAUGGACGCCAAGCAAGACACGUAAUGGGCACGCUUCCCCAGCAGGUCUUUACGGCUCACGCACGUCUGACCGUCUGAAGGUGGGAAGCCCAGCCGUCCAUACCGCCAAGCAGAAUGUCCGUACCGUCGACAAGAGAGUCGGCCACAUUCCUGGCCACAGAGCCGACCACGGAGGAGACAGGACGUGCUAA